AUGAGAGGUAAACGAUCCAAACAAUACCGCAAACUGCUCAGGCAGUUCGAGCUCGCGUUCGGCUUCCGCCAGCCAUACCAGGUUCUCGUUGAUGCCGACCUCGUCAAGGAUGCCCACCGCUUCGCCAUGGACCUGCCGCAGUACCUCUCCAAUACUUUGCACGGAGAGGUCAAGGUCCUCAUCACGCAAUGCUCGAUGCGCCACCUCUACGCACAGAACAAGGAGCCAGGCGUGGCCAAGGUCAUCGACAAGGCAAAGGACUAUGAGCGCCGACGCUGUGGUCACCACCCGGAGCAGUUCCCCGAGCCCUGCUCCACGCUCGAGUGCCUUGGAAGCGUCGUCGGCCCCAAGAACAAGCACCGCUACGUCGUCGCAAGCCAGGACCCGGAAGUCAGGGCCAAGAUGAGGGGGAUUCCCGGCGUGCCGCUGGUGUACAUCAACCGCUCGGUCAUGAUUCUUGAGCCCAUGGCCGCUGCAACAACAAGAGUAGUUCAGAAGGGCGAGAGGGCAAAGUUCCGCGCAGAGCUAAAGCAACCCGACACGGCAACUGGGGGCAAGAGAAAACGAGGAGACGACGACGACAGCGAGGGGAGCGAAAGCGAAGGCGAUGCGAAGAAGGAUGAGGAACCAAAGAAAAAGAAGAAGAAGAGGAAGGGCGAGAAGGGGCCGAACCCGCUAUCGGUGAAGAAGCCGAAGAAGAAGCCGCCGCAACAGCAAGAGAGCAGCUUGAAACAGAACCAGGCGGAGAAACCCGUGGAGGACGCGCCAUCAGAUCAGCCCGCCAAGAAGAAGAGGAAACGGAGAAGCAGGAGGGCGGAGGGUGGUACGGAUGAGGUUGAAGCGCAGGGCACAGCUUUGGGCACAGCUGGGGCACAAGGCAUGACGUCGGCUGCGGCUGAGGAUUAG